AUGAAUGAUAUGAUCAGAGAGCUUUCAAGUAGAGGGAUCAAGUUAGGAUUACAGUAUCUUCAUAUCGAUGGUAAUAAUCUCAGUACAAUUAAUGGUGCUUCAUUAGCUUCUUUAAUGUCAGUUACUCCACAACUGAAAGACCUUAAUUUGAGCAAUUUUAGUUUAACAGGAGAUAUUAUGAAUGAUAUGAUCAGAGAGCUUUCAAGUAGAGGGAUCAAGUUAGAAUUAGAGUCUCUUUAUAUCAGUGAUAGUAAUCUCAGUACAAUUAAUGGUGCUUCUCUGGCUUCUUUAAUGUCAGUUACUCCACAACUGAAUGACCUUAAGUUGAGCAAUUGUAGUUUAACAGGAGAUAUUAUGAAUGAUAUGAUCAGAGAGCUUUCAAGUAGAGGGAUCAAGUUAGGAUUAAAGUCUCUUUCUAUCAAUGAUAAUAAUCUCAGUACAAUUAAUGGUGCUUCAUUAGCUUCUUUAAUGUCAAUUACUCCACAACUGAAAGACCUUAAUUUGAGCAAUUGUAGUUUAACAGGAGAUAUUAUGAAUGAUAUGAUCAGAGAGCUUUCAAGUAGAGGGAUCAAGUUAGGAUUAAAGUUUCUUUCUAUCAAUGAUAAUAAUCUCAGUACAAUUAAUGGUGCUUCACUGGCUUCUUUAAUGUCAGUUACUCCACAACUGAAAGACCUUAAUUUGAGCAAUUGUAGUUUAACAGGUGAUAUUAUGAAUGAUAUAAUCAGAGAGCUUUCAGGUAGAGAGAUCAAGUUAGCAUUACAGAUUCUUUCUAUCGAUGGUAAUAAUCUCAGUACAAUUAAUGGUGCUUCACUGGCUUCAUUAAUUACUCCAAAAAUGAUUAAACUUACAUUGAGUAACUGUAGUUUAACAGACUAUAUUGUAAAUGAUAUGAUGAGAGAGCUUUCAAGUGAAGGUAUUAUGUUAGAAUUAAAGUAUAUGUGUUUCAGUGGUAAUAGUCUCAAAAUGAAUAAUGAUGCUUUACUGGCUUCUUUAAUGGCAAUUUCUCCAAAAUUGAUUGAGCUUAAAUUAAGCAACUGUAGUUGA